AUGGUUUCUUUCAAGUCGUUCGCGAUUGCUCUUGUCACUGUCAUCGCCACCAGCAUCGGUGUGCAAGCUGAGAGGCACACCGUCCAUUUCGACAACAGGUGUGGCCGAGGAACUCCUCGACUUAUCCAGGGAGGCAAUGUCCUUUCGACUGGUGGCGACUACACCAUCAACGGUCCUCUCCGCGGUGCUAUCGCGUACUUGCAAACAGGUAGCUGUGGCUUCAACGGCGAAGGCUGCACCCUCAUCGAGACCACCCUCAUCAACCCCACUCCUGGAAGGCCCGGCAGCGGCUCCAGCACGGAUAUCUCUUUGAUUCCUCCCCUUAAAUUCUCCGUUACCUCUGGGUUCGGAUACUACAAUGGGUGCAACGGAGCUGGUGCCAAUUGCAACAACGCGAACUGCCCGACUGCAUUCAGGGUUCCCAGCGACACUCACGUCCAAGUCGCCUGUCAGCAGAACGACGUCAAUCUGGCCAUCACAUUCUGCAUGUAG